UCCUGCAGAGACCUUGAUUCAACAACACACUUUGGAGUUGUAUUUGCUCAUCGGACAUAUCCAGAAAUGCAUCGCUUGUUGACUCUCUUGAUAUUGGCAGGAGCCACUGAAAUAGUGGUAUCGACACUUUACAGUGUAGGGAAUGGUGUUUCGGAAGUAAAAAUAUCCAAGCAGAAUUUAAUUGAUUUGUGCCCCAAACUUUUGUGCGGAACCUCAAUUGUUAAUAUGACCUUUAAGAAGAGUGAGCUUGAAGCGUGGAAAGUAAAUGUUAAAGGUAUUAGUCCUGUACAAGGCUCGUGCAUUCCCACAGUGAGUCAAGAUAGCAUUUCAUCAACUGUGUCAUGGCCACUUGGAAAUACUCAAUGUGGGACAAUAUUAACUGUAAAUGCAACUCAUGCCACAUAUGCGACUAGUUUUGAGUUGCCACCUGAUCCGACCUACAUCAUCUACAGAGAAGCCAUUUUUCUAAAGGUGUCCUGCUCAUACCCUUUGGAUAUGAUCACUUCCCUUAACACAACAUUGAAGCCUGAUUUAAGUGUAAUACACAUCAUCAUUGAUGGUACUGGGCUCUUUAAAGUGAGCAUGACUCUUUUCCAAGACCCAAGCUACUCCACACGCUAUCCAGUGGCAAAUCCCACAAUAUCAACAGAGUCGAUGCUAUAUGUUGAUGUCAAAAUCGAUGAGGGGGACAUCUCAGCAUUUUAUCUAGUGAUGAUAAACUGCUUUGCCACACCUACAAAUAGUAUUUAUGAUCAAAAGAAAUAUGACAUCAUCAAAGACAGUUGCCCUAACAAAGAUGACAAAACCAUACAUGUUCCAUCAAAUGGUAUCUCCUCUAGAGGACAAUUUCAAGUCAAGAUGUUCAAAUUCAUAGGCAAAGACUAUGACUAUGUGUUCUUGCACUGUGAAGUUCAUUUAUGCAGAAAAACAUCAGGUUCAUGUCUUCCAGACUGUACUGGAAGAGGGUCUCGUAGUUCUAGUCCCAAUGGCAAAAUUGUGAGCAUUGGGCCAAUACAAGUUGGGAAUUCACAGAACACCAUUGGACCAGUGGAAUCUGACCAUCUUGAGUCCAACCAAACACAAGCAGUAAGGGUUCUCCUACAAGUAUACCAGGGGACUAGGUGUAAGGAUACAAAAUGGUGGUACAAGGAGUUGAAAGGAGAAGAUGGAGAAAGUGAGGAUAAUAUUUCAAGUGAAACGUGGGCUAUUAACUGUCUUCUCCAACUUUAUGUUCUCAAGACUGAAAGUUGGAACUUAAACUAUGGCCAGUAA